AUGAUGUCCCUGUCCCUUACACAUGAAACAGCGGAAUUGUGGACAAUCUGUGAAAAGAUGGUCAAUCGAAUGGCACAGAGAACACAUACAAUUCUGAUUGUGGUGUGCAACAUGUUAAUACGCGUUGUCCAACUUUACAGUAUAUGGUAUGGACGGAAGUGUAAGCGGAACCCUGACCUUGACAAAUCUCGUAUCGCCCUCUAUUUCAGUCCCAAGAAACGCGGGAGUACUCCGGACGAAAGAAAACCAUAUAUCAUAGAAGCAUGCAAAUCUAUGAAUAUCUCUCUAAAGCAUGGGAAACACGGAACACUAAACACCAUAAAAGGCAAAUAUCUCCUAUACAAUCCAAAACAUAACUUUGUCUUCUGUAUGGUGCAGAAAGUAGGAUGCACAUUUUGGCGACGAGUGUUCCAUUUAAUGAACCACAACGAAACUUCGAAUCUGUAUUCUGUUGGUCAUGAAAAAGUACACUCCGAAUCUAUUCCAACCCUUGGGCGUUUCAACCUCAGUGAAGCGAGAAGUGUUUUACAAUCUUCAAAAUCAGCAUUAUUUACUCGAGACCCUUAUGAACGAAUGUUGUCUGGGUACUUAGACAAAUUAUUCACGAUAAAUACUCAUUACAUGACACACCUUGGGCGACCUAUCAUCAAAAUGCUACGGAGAAAUGAAAGUAAAAUCACAUGCGGUCAUGACGUAACAUUUACGGAAUUUGUGCAAUAUAUCGUAAAUAUGAAAAAGAUUGGUGCGGAACAAGAAAUCGACCAUCAUUUCACAUCUUUGUAUACCCAUUGUUUGCCAUGCGAUGUCAAAUACGACUUUGUGGGUAGAAUGGAGUCCUUCGAUGAAGAUUCUUCUUUUCUCUUCAGAAAAAUCGGCUUAUUUCCAAACAGAACAAUAUCAGUGGGAAAGAAUGAUUCCAUCAGUGAUGAUAUACAAUUUAAAUUUAGAGUAGCAUUUAAUGCUAGAAAUAAAUUUUCAAAGUGUAUGACGUUGGAGGAAAUGUAUGGUAGAGUCUGGACUACGCUCCAACUCAGAGGAAUGGUAAACCCGGAUGUUCAAAUGCCUUAUUUUCCAAAUGCUACUAUUGACAUGAUGCAGCAGGCGGCGGUCAGAGCUAGUGACCCGUCACGUGUGUCGGAGUUCAAACGCAGAGGAUUUAUCAAUAUGUACAAGACCUUGGACAGACGACUUUUGGAAGAAUUAAGAGAAUACGUUCUUCUAGAUUGCAAGAUCUUUGGAUACAACGAUAGGCCCGCUGAAAUAUUUUCAUGA